AUGUUGAGGACUCCGGGUGGGUUGAUACUUAUUGGCGACUCGAUAUCCCAGCAGCAUUCGCAUGCCCUGGGCUAUUCUCUUCGUGCGGCUGAUAUCCGAUUCGACCAUAACCCGCCUCAUCUGCCCUUGUACGCACACCAAGGCAUCCAUAUGCAUGCCUUGCGACAAAAUGACCCUACCACCCUCCGCCUCCUCGCGCGCGCUGGUGUUCCCGAGUCGAGGUUGUUACGGCCCAUUAUUACGAUGGUGGAGGAUCAUAUGUUGAUACAUGAACAGGAUAUUAGGAAGAUUACGGAAGGGUUGGGCGCGUCAAAGGAGUAUUAUUGGUAUCAUGAUUAUAAGAGGGUCGAGGGGUGGGAAGGGUUUGUUGAGGAUGCUGCUAGGCCACGAGAGGGCGAGGAGGGGACGGUUACGGAGGAUACCGUGUUGGUUAUGAAUGGUGGUGCGCAUUGGUCAAGACACGAGCUCUCAAUGCUUCCAGCCGGAAAAUCCGACGAAGAAGAACAAUCUCGCGUAGUAGCUACAUACAAACAAAUGAUGAACCUCGUCAUAUCCCGGCUCUCCCCAAUCCCCCAACUCUCCGUAAUCUACCGUGCAACCUCCCCAGGCCACCCAAACUGCAACCUCCUCACCGUCCCCUACCGCUCCUCGGAAGCAGCCCAAAUCGGCGAACGCAACCUCGUCGAACGGCUCAUCUCAACCAUGCCGGACGAGCAGUGGCGCACCUUCCGAAAACGAUGGGAUUGGGAUUUGUUUGCGGUGCACAACGCGCUUUGGGAACGGGAGAUUGCAGGGCUUGAUGAGACGGGCAAGUGGUUCUAUAUGGAUGUGUGGGACCAGGCGUUGCAAAGGCCUGAUGCGCAUACAGAGCCUGGGACAGAUUGUUUGCAUUGGAACUUGCCUGGAGUAUUUGAGCAGUGGACACACCAGAUAUACCAUGUCCUGUUUUUGGAGCGGGAGAGGAAGAGGGCAGUGUCCGGAAGUUUCACGCCACAAUUUCGUGCUACAACCUACUACAAGCCUAUACGAUGCGCGAGAAGACGAUACAGGCUAAACGGCACCAGAGAAGACGGAUACGACGACGUCAACACUUACACGAAGACCCAAGACUCAGAUCUAACGCGUAAACGUUGUCGGAAGGGUGCGGGAGUGUGUGGAAUGGCUGGAUAUGCUACAGAGCGCGUAUACGAGCUCCUGGUCAACGUGUUGGCAGUUUCUUGCAAUUUUCAAGCUAUUUCUGGACGGAUAAAUGGAGGCAGGACACGCGAAACGAUUAGGUACAUUCAAAUUGGCCGUCUCGAAACACUUCGAAAGGUAAGAUUGAAGACCUACGCGAAGACUGAAAACGGCGGAGGGCUGGGAAAUUUCGUUCUGCUAUGUACAACAAAUCGAAACGACACGCGUGAAGACGAACAGGGCAACAAAAAAACGUACACGAAGGCUCUACGUACAAAUCUAAUGUGUGAACGCCGCCAGAAGGCUACGGAAUUGCGAAAAACGGACAAAUACACUAUGGACAGCAGGCUUUUCGCCGUUACGAGCUGGGAUAGGGUUGGAAAGGUCAUCGUUCUAAAUGUAGCAACCUUCGCAUAUCCGGGUUUCCGCUCUGCCGCCAUAAACAAUGAUGACCAAGAGCGCGUGCAUACGACGUUGGGUGGUGAGACUAGGGCCUUUUGUUAA